AUGGCUACCCCUAGUGUCCUAGCUUUUGACGCUGAGGGUCGCGCCAUUGAUUUUGAGGUCUGGUUAGACGACCUGCAGCUGUUCUUGCAGUGCGACAGGGCUGACAGCCUUUCUCUCUUUGACCUCACCUCUGGCGCCUCUCCUGCUCCUGCUGCUGAUGCUGAUCCCACUGUCCGCUCUCAGUGGGCCACCCGCGAUGCUGCAGCACGUCUUGCUGUGCGUCGCCACCUCCCUACCUCUGAGCGUGCGCACUUUAGUCAGUACAAGAGUGCUCAGACCUUGUACGACGCUGUAGUUGCGCGCUACUCCUCCCCUGCCACUGCUGCACUGAGCCGUCUCAUGCUUCCCUACCUCUUUCCUGACCUCUCUGCCUUUCCCACUGUCGCUGAUCUCAUUACGCACCUCCGCACUAGUGACACUCGCUACCGCGCCGCCCUUCCUGCUGAGUUCUGCGCUAAGAACCCACCCCCCAUGUACAUCGCUCUCUACUACGUAGUCGCGCGCCUCCCUGACUCCCUUCGCGUCGUCAGGGACCACUUUCUCGCAGUCUGUCCCACCACCCUCACCGUCGACCUCCUCGAGAAGGCCCUCCUCGCAGCGGAGAAGAGCAUAGUCGCUGUAGGUGCUUCUCGUGGUGACCCUCGCACCCCCAUCUUUGAGGGGUGCUCUCCUUCCCCCUUGCUGCCCUCUGUUGCCUCUGCUGCUGCUGCCGACCUGCUUGGUCUUGAGUCGGUCGCGCGGCGUCUGCCCCUAGUGGGAGACGUCGCUCCAGCAAGGGCAAGGGGGGCAAGGGCGCGGGUGGAGCUGGAGGGGGCGGUGGCGGUGGCGGCGGUGGCGGCGGAGGGAGUGGGGGUGGCGGCGGGACUAGUGGCGGGGGUGGUGGUGGUGGUGGUGGCAGCAGCGGCGGAGACGGUGGUGGUGGUGCCAGCGGUGGUGGUGGAGGCAGCGGCGGAGGUGGAGGCGGCGGAGGUGGAGGCGGUGGAGGCGGCAGCGGAGGAGGCGGUGGUGGUGGAGGAGGUGGAGCUGGUCGGGGUGGUACCCAGCAGCGUAGCGGCGGUGGUGGUGGCCAGCGCUCGCAGCGGCAGCAGCAGCAGCGCUCGCGGGACAUCCCUCCGCCUCAGCAGCUUCGUGAGUGGUACGCUGGGCGUCAGAGGGGUGGGGGUACUGGUCCCUGCACCUACGUUCUUCGUUCCGGCGACCGCGCGGCAGUUCCCUGGGGCUACUGAGAUCCCUCGCUGGGAUGAGCUUCUUAGGGCUGGUGUAGCGAUCUUUGAUCUUGAUUUUGAUGCUAUCCUUGCUGCUAUGUAUGCUGUGACUUAUAGUGAGGAGAAUGAGGGUUACCGGUGUUUCCAGCCCGACCCGGGCAUUGGUACUGCUGCGCUAGGUGCUUGUGAGGCUGCUGCUCUAGGUGCCAGUGCGUCUGCGCUCUCAGGUACUGGUGAGACUGCGCUCUCAGGUACUGCGUCGUCCUCGUCCUCCCUCACUUUCACACUUGACUCCGGGGCUUCUCGCUCCUUCUUUCGAGACCGCACUACCCUUACGCCGCUCGGCCGGCCGGUUGCUGUCUCCCUUGCUGACCCCUCUGGGGGUCCUGUCCUGUCUCACUUCUCCACUGUCCUCCCGUGUCCGGCUGCCCCUUCGGGCACCCUGUCUGGUCUGUACCUUCCCUCGUUCUCUACGAACUUGGUGUCAGAUUAUCAUAGCUGA